ACUCCACUUGACUCUCGACACCAUAUUUAUUCGUGCAAACAAAAAGUACACUCUUUUUGUAUCCCUUUUCUGACGAUGGGGAAGGAUAAGCUUCACAGUCAGCGUCACAUAUCGGCUCCCGUUCCUCCACGAUUAUGUUUCAACGGACAGAAUCAAGCGGUGGAUCCCAGCCACCCCUCACCUUACUAUGACACUAUGUCAGCAUCGUCACCGUAUAAUCAAAAUGCAUUCUACUAUCAACCCACACCACCACCACAAACAGUCGUUGUUCAUCAAACACCCUCGAGAUCUAAAGACGCUUGCUGCUGGGGUUGCUUGGCUGCACUUUGUCUGUGUUUCGCUUCAGAAGAAUGCUGCUAAUCUUGUUUGCUCAGCAGCCCACAUUCAACAAGCCUGUAAAUUACAGAAAAUAGCCGCUGGCGGCUUUUAAUUUUGGAUUUGCUCAUCGAGAGAAAUAUUCACCGAAAAGGACAAAGAAGCACAUGUACAGCAUACAUAAAAAAUACCAUCUCGGCUUCCAAAUGACGCAUUAGAAAGACCAUGUGUAGCUCUACGGUAUUUGUCGAUCGAAUUCCAUGCUAUGCAAUUUUUAGACACGCAGGUCACCAACCACAGCAUACUAUAAUCGUCUGUCCACUCUUUUUUCUUUUUUCAUCAACGGAUCAUGUCAUCACAAUAUUCAAAAGUUGUAAUAGCAAUAAAAAAAAGCAAGAAU